AUGUACUUCCACAAGGAUGAAGAAUCUCUUUUUGAUAAUUUUUUUCCUCAUCAGGAAGACUGCUUAACUGAAAAAGAUGUUCUUGCGCUGCCGAUCUUCAAGCAGGAAGAACCGCAGCUGUCUCCUGAGAACGAUGCCAAACUGCCACCCUUUCAGUACGUCCUCUGCACAGCCACGUCACCUGCCGUGAAGCUGCAUGAAGAAACCCUGACCUACCUCAACCAAGGUCAGUCUUAUGAAAUCCGUCUACUUGAGAAUAGGAAAUUGGGAGAGUUUCAAGAUUUAAACACAAAAUAUGUAAAGAGCAUAAUUCGUGUAGUUUUCCAUGAUCGACGCCUGCAGUACACAGAGCAUCAGCAGCUCGAGGGCUGGAGGUGGAGUCGGCCUGGGGACCGCAUCCUUGAUAUAGAUAUUCCACUGUCAGUUGGUAUCUUGGAUCCCAGGGCCAGCCCAACCCAGUUGAACACUGUUGAAUUUCUGUGGGAUCCAUCAAAGAGAGCCUCAGCAUUCAUUCAGGUACAUUGCAUCAGCACAGAAUUUACUCCACGGAAACAUGGAGGAGAGAAAGGGGUGCCCUUCCGGGUGCAAAUCGACACCUUUAAGCAGAAUGAAAAUGGUGAAUACACAGAACACUUGCAUUCCGCAAGCUGCCAGAUCAAAGUGUUCAAGCCUAAAGGAGCAGACAGAAAACAGAAGACUGACAGGGAAAAAAUGGAGAAGAAGACCACCCAAGAGAAGGAGAAGUAUCAGCCUUCCUAUGAGACAACUAUUCUCACAGAGUGCUCUCCCUGGCCAGAUGUGCCUUAUCAAAUGAACAAUGCUCCAUCUCCAAGCUACAACAGUUCUCCCAACAGCUUCAACCUUGGAGAUGGCAACAGUUCUCCAACCCACCAAGUGGAGCUCCUGCCUCCCAGCAAUGAUCAUCUCCUUCCUUCUGCUUCUAUUCAAGAUGCCCAGCAGUGGCUUCAUCGUAAUAGGUUCUCUCCAUUCUGUAGACUCUUCUCAAGUUUUUCGGGUGCUGACUUACUGAAGAUGUCCAAAGAAGAUUUUGUUCAAAUCUGUGGGCCUGCUGAUGGAAUUCGGCUCUUUAAUGCAAUCAAAGGAAGAAAUGUAAGGCCCAAGAUGACAAUUUAUGUCUGUCAAGAACCAGAGCAAAACAGGUCCCAUCUCCACCAAAAACGAGAAAAUGGAGAUGGCAGUCUUUGUGUAUAUCAUGCAAUCUUCUUGGAAGAAUUGACCACGCUGGAAUUAAUCGAGAAGAUUGCAAACUUGUACAGCAUUUCUCCACAGCAGAUAAAUCGAAUCUAUCGGCAGGGACCCACAGGGAUCCAUGUAUUAGUGAGCAAUGAGAUGGUGCAAAACUUCCAAGAUGAAUCUUGUUUUGUGAUCAGCACAUUAAAAGCUGAAAGCAAUGAUGGCUACCACAUCAUUUUAAAAUGA